AUGGAUAUGGACCACAUGCAUCAUGACCCCGGCUUGCGGAUGGAAGUCAACUAUGCCUUUGCUCGCGGAUACUGGUAUACCAUCGCUGGUGUCGUCGGCGCACUCGCCGCUAUUCGUGGCAUCAACUACCUCGACGCUCAGCAAAGUCAAGCAUGGGCAACAGCAACCGCCGUCGUUCGCGAAAUGAGCCAUCCACAAUAUUACAUCCCCGUCAAUGGCCUUCGAUGGGCAACACCGCUGCCACUCGGUCGAAUCAUCGUUCUAGCAUGUUACUGGGUCGUUAUUGUCUAUUUGAUGAGUUGGCAGGUUUCAAAAAACGAUGUGUAUUACUGGGAGCGCAUCGGAUAUCGCAACGCUUGGGUCACUCUAACCCAGUUCCCGCUACUCUACCUUUUGGCGACAAAGGUCAACGUUAUCGGAUUCUUGAUUGGGAGCAGUCAUGAGAGGCUUAACUGGUUGCAUCGAUGGAUUGCGCGGACGAUGUUUGUUACUGCGACGGUUCACGGUUUUCACUUCUGGACUAUGUGGGUGCGCGCUGAGUUUUUGGACUACGCGCUUCAGAUUAUGCCGCUGGUCAAGUAUGGACUUGCAGCUUGGGCAAUUCUGCUCUGGAACGUCGUCACUGGUAUUGUUCCCAUUCGAAGGCUUUCGUAUGAGGUUUGGGUGGCUCAGCAUGUGCUUACAAGCAUCAUCAUGUUGUGGUUGCUCCACAAGCAUAUUCCCUCGAAUGCUCGAUGGCUUCUAUGGAUGAGUAUUUCGUUCCUAGUUUUCGACCGCGCCAUGAGAUGGGUACUUCUCCUUUGGCAAAAUGUCCGUCUUCGCCCACAAGGAACAGAGUGUCAAGGCAUGAAACACCUUGGACAUCGAGUCGUUGCCCGUGCCGUUGGACAAGCCACCACUGUUGUUACCAUCAAGGAUGUACACUUCAAGUGGAAGGCAGGACAGCAUAUUUACCUCUGGGUCCCUCGUCUCGGACCCUUCGAAGCGCACCCAUACACAAUCGCAUGUGCGCACAAACUCGAAGGCGCAUGCUGCUGCAACAGUAUACAGCUUGUCGUGCGCGCCCAUAGCGGAUUCUCCAAACGACUACACGAAUACGCGACAAAGAAUUCGGGAUCCGAACUUACAGGCUUCGUAUCAGGGCCAUAUGGCGUUCCUCCGAAAUGGGAUAUUUACGAAACGCUGGUACUAAUUGGAGCGUCAACUGGAGCCAGCUUCGUUGUUCCCAUCCUUGAAAGCAUUGCGGCGGCGCAGAAGUCGAAUUGCACACGAAGAGUUGAAAUUAUCCUCGUUGCGAGAACAUCUCAAGAAAUCGAAUAUUACGUCGAAAGGGCCGAAGAGGCUGGCAGAAUGGUACGAGCCAAAGGCGUCGGUGCCCGGUCUUUGCUCGAUCAGAGUCCUCAAACACAAGCGACUCAGACGACAUCCAACCCGUCAAGGGACCAACAACAGGAUGCUGCUGCAGCGCAAACAGUCCAGACGAGAAAGGCUGUCCAAGCGACUCUCCCUGCCGCGAGAAGACAACCGCCACUGUUCCAGAGCUCAUCCGCGAAUACACGUGCAGACCAGACAUCGAGGCCAUGA